ACUCAACGUCAUGUAGCAUUCGAUGGACAGGAGAAGUAAGGUAGCAAAUCGUUAGUGUGGAAGAGAGUGGUACUUUUCUUCAGUUUCGAGUUAAGUAAUGAUACAGUAAGCAGUAAACCUCAUCAACAAACGUAAUAAAGCCAGUUUCUUCAAAAAUCCGGUCGAAAUGGCACCUGUGCCGACACCAUCUCCUGCUCAAGUCCUAACCCCGAAAAUCACAGAAUUACAAAUGAAGCAAUUGAUGAAUCAGCGUGAUUCCAUGUCUAUGGACUAUUACAAAGGUCUUCUUAAUAUGCCUGGUCAAAAUAACUGCUUCCUAAACAGUGCUGUACAGGUUCUUUGGCAUUUGGAUAUAUUUCGCCGUAGUUUCCGAGAACUCAGUGGCCAUACGUGCAUGGCUGAAUGUUGUAUCUUUUGUGCGCUCAAAGAGCUGUUUGCACAACUCCAGUAUAGCCAGGAGUCGGCAUUACCCCCUGAUGCUCUGAGACAUGCCUUAGCUGAAACUUUCCAUCAGAGACGCUUCCAGCUAGGAGGCAUGGACGAUGCAGCAGAAUGCUUUGAAAACAUCUUGAGGCAAAUCCAUUUCCACAUAGCCAAUCAGGAGUCAGAAGACAUGUGUAAUUCUCCUCACUGUAUUCCUCACCAGAAGUUUGCCAUGACUCUCGUUGAACAGGCUAUUUGUCAUGCAUGUGGCGCCACUUCAGAACCGUUGUCGUUCACUCAAAUGGUACACUACGUUUCAACAUCUGCCCUUUGCUCACAAGCAGAAUUCGUGACAAACCAGCACAAAGAUCCCGCUGAUAGCUUUGGGCACAUACUGAGAAAAGCUGGAGGAAUGGGGGACACAAGAGAUUGUCCAAGUGCCUGCGGAGCUAAAAUACAGAUCUGUCGAAUCCUCAUGAACCAUCCCGAAAUCUUGAGCGUUGGACUCGUAUGGGACUCUGAAAGGCCCUCAAUACAACAUAUACUUGAGGUUUUUAAGUCUAUUGGCAUGGUCCUCAAAAUACAAGAGAUGUUUCACUCUGUCGUUGAUAACCAGUGGGCUAGAAAUACCACUCACCAUCUUGUUGGCAUUGUUACUUAUUAUGGAAAACACUAUUCAACCUUCUUUUUUCACACAAAACUUGGAAUUUGGAUCUACUUUGAUGAUGCCACAGUUCAUGAGAUUGGGCCCAAGUGGGAACAAGUGAUUGAAAAGUGUAGACGAGGGCAUUUUCAGCCACUUUUACUGUUGUAUGCUAAUAAAAAUGGAUCUCCUGUUUCUGGUUCUACAGCUCCAAAGUCCAUUACCAUGGUUGCCAAAAAUCAGAAGUCUUUGAAAGGGUCUGAUCAAUUCCAUACUGGUGGAAUAGUCUCAGAGGCUGGAACAUCUAUAUGCAACACUGUGAGUGACAAUUACCAAAGAAAAAUGCUAAUACUGUGUCAGGAAUAUCCUUAUGAAAACAGUGGCAGUAUUCAAACAAAGAGGUCACAUAAAUCCAAUGAAAGUAAUUUCAAAUCAAACCCAAUUAAUCCUACAUUACUACAUUCCAAUCAGUGUACCAUGUAUCCAUCUCAGAAUCUGAUAAUGUCUGGUUAUUGUUCCAAUGAAUCUGGACAGCAGCACUUACAUCAGAAUUUUUUAUCUCCUCUAAAAUGUGAGUCUGGUGUAUCAUAUUGCUUUUCUCCUGAGAACGCUACAGGCCAACAAGAUUUUAGUCAGUGGACUAGUAAUCAUUCUUCUUCGCACACCAGUUGUGUUGCAGACUCUCAAAGUUCUGUUCCCUCUAGCCACUAUGUGAAUAACACAAGUAAUCAGUUGACUUCAGACAGUUUCACCAGUGAACCCAAAUUAAAUGAUAACAUCAAUAAGUCCAACUGUUGGAUACAAUCCUGCGGCUUCCAACCUCAUUACCAUCCGACUGCUGAUGAGUCUCCUAAUGUAUCAAAUUUCAGAGAUUUCUCACCGAACAAAGAAACCACCAGCCAACAAGCAUGUGGUUUGGGGAGUGCUGGUGAGAAUACAAUAGACUGCAAGACCUACAUCAACCGAAAAGCAGUGGAAAGUGUGCUAAAUGCUCAAAAACUAAAGAGACAAAGAUCAUUAAAUGAAAACUAUAAUUCUGCUACUGGAAACCGACACAGCGCCAGUAGCUUGGAAUCAUUUGAUAAUAAUAUACAGACCAGAAAUGCCUUAAACAAAAUGCCUAACCUGAAAGGGGAACUCAGUGGUACAGCUAAUGUUCUAUGGCGACGAGACUCUGGAAAUUGGAGUGGUGAUUGUAAUAGCGGAAGUUCGUCCAGUGGUACCUCUUUUGAUACUCUGUAUAUUUAUGGUAUUGGAAGUAAAAAGUUGACAACCAAUAAAGCUAUUGGUCAUCAGAAUGCUCCAGACAAUACCAGAAGUUGUCAGCAUAAUUACAUAAAUGUUGGAAUUUUGCCUGACCAAGGUUAUGACUCUUUUUCAUUGUCCAGCACUGACAGCUAUCCCUCUGUUCCUGGUUCACCUGCUUCAUCAGAUCUUCGCUUGACCCAGAUACCCGAAGACUUACAAACAAAGUUUCAAGUUACUAGAAGCUUGAAGUCUGCUGAUUCUGAAUCUCAGCAUCUUAGUGGACUUAAAUCGAAGAUGAAAGCCUCAAGAGAAGACUGUGAUAAAUUAUGUGCUGAAGCUGAUCUUCUAUUGAAGAAGUCCCACGAGAAAGAGAAAGAGGGUGAUCUAGUAAUGGCUGCCAUGCUGAGUGAUUCAGCAGCAGCUAAAGCAAGAGCUGCUAUGGAUGCUCCAUACAACAACAUACAAUCUUUCAUCUCUGCAAAGAUGAAACAUAGCUUCUGUGUGAUGAGAUCAUCCAGUCUUCAUAAGCGUUUGAAUGAACCAGAAAUGGAGGAGAGGAAGAAACAAAAAGAUGUAUCCAUUUUGGAAGGCCAUCACAGCCGACAGUCCAAUCGAGGUAGUCGACAGAGAAGUAAAGAUGAUUGGCAUAGUCAACAAGGAAGCAAACACAGCUCAAGUAUAAAUAAGAAUAUGGAUGCAUUUGACCUAAACGCUGAGAGAACAAUUGAAAUAUAUGCUACACUUCCUAAGAGAGGUAGUAAGCAUAAACAUUCCCCUAAAAGCAAAGAUGAAAAGCAAGUACAUAGAGAUUUUGCCGAGAAGCAGAAGCAAACACUUAAAGCUGAAGUUAUUAAUCAAGUAACAGAUCAGAUGACAGUAAUCAGUCAGAUAAAUAAUAGAGAAUCUCUUUCAAAAGAUCUGUAAAAAACAGAAAGUCCCUCUACUUAAA